GUACGGUACGGACUGAGUCGCUUGGAACAUCGAAGUCGACUAUGUCCACAAGCUAUAAUGAGGAAGAACCGUUGAUGAUCAAUGGCGCUACGCAUGGAAACAUUCAAGAAAAGAGCGACGAGCAUAAAAAAGAAACAAAGGUCUACAGAGUGAGGUUCUACAUUCUAGCAGCUGCAACUUUACUUGGAUUCUCUCAAGGAUGGAUCUGGAACACUUUUGGUCCAAUUCAAGGCCCUGCAGAGUGUGUAUUCAACUGGAGUGACUCGACUAUUGCUCUGAUGGCAAACUGGGGUCCUAUAUCCUACAUUGUCUCUGUUGUCUUUUUUUCGUGGAUUAUGGAUGUAAAAGGUUUACGAUGGGCGAUGGUAAUUACAGGUGCUUUGGUAGCUGGUGGUGCUGGUAUUCGUUGUAUCAGUAUGGAGCCAGUGACGGCGACAUGGUUGAAUCAUGUUGGGUUAUUUCUGAAUGGUUUGGCUGGCCCAGUUGUAAUGUCUGCUCCACCUCUUAUAUCAGCAGUGUGGUUUCCACCAGGCCAGAGGACCACUGCAACUGCUGUGACAGCACUGUCAAAUUAUUAUGGUGUGUCAUUUUCAUUUGUUAUUGGACCGAUUCUUGUGCCUUAUAAGAAGUCUAAUGUGACACUCAAUGGGACUGUGAUGUCACACAAUUGUUUAGCAAAUCAUAGUGAACCCAAUAUAACAACUAACUUACACACACUUACGGAAGACAUUCGACUGUAUACAUUUGUAGAAUUUGCUGUAGCAGCUGGAGCUUUUCUUCUUCUUCUUAUUUAUUUUCCUAAGAAGCCUCCUUCACCACCGAGUAUUACAGCAGGAUGUCAACGAACUAGUUUUGUAAAGGGACUGCAACAGCUUAGAAAACGUAAACAGUUUUGGCUUGUUUGCAUAGCUUAUGGAAUUUGUACAGGAGCUUUUUCUGGAUGGGGAGCUAUAUUGGAUGUUAACCUGAAACAUUUUGGUAUUGAUGAGACUGAAGCUGGGUGGAUUGGCUUUUACUCUAAUCUUGCUGGGUCUGUUGCUGGCUUGCUUUUUUCAGGAAUUGCUGAUUAUCUGAAGCGUCGUACAAAAGUUGUAUUAAUAUUGAUCUUGUUUGGAGCCACAGCCUCUUUUUCUUGGUUUCUACUUAUUUGUUUGAAAGUUCUUCCAUCGUCCACAGCUUGUUUGUACAUUUCUGCCACUCUUGGUGGCCUUUUCAUCAAUGGUGCUAUUCCAUUAUUCUAUGAGCUCGCUGUUGAAUCAACGUAUCCAAUAGCAGAGGGCACAACGACGGGCAUCCUGACAAUGAUGAACAAUCUUGGGUGUUUGAUAUUUCUUCUUAUGCCCAUGUUCAGAGAACUGAAAAAUUCCAUGGAUAAAUGGAUGAAUCCUGCAAUGGCUGCAGCAUGCUUAGUGUGCAUUCCCAUAAUGCUGCUUUUCAGAGCUCAAUACCAACGAUUGUCGAUUGAUUUGAUUGGGUCAAAAGACAAUUCAUAAUUUUAUAUUACUAAUCUUUUUACUAUUGCAUAUUGUGUAUCUAGUAUUUGGUGGUACGAAUGUAAUUUCAAGUUUAGAUGCGCAACAGA